UGGACCCGGGACGGACGGAACCCAGGCUCCGAUAGUCCAGCAUCCCCGCUGCGCCGCUGCCAAGAUGGCGGCGCCCAUGUGGCGGCGCUUGUCCCAGGGCCGGUGGUCCGCCGCCCAGGGCCGGCGUGAGGCACAGUCGGGAGCCCAGGGCUUUCUGGCGGCGCAGAAGUUCCGGGGUCUCUUCAAGGAGUUCUUCCCCGAGCGAGGUACGCGGGUGGAGCUCACCGAGCUCUUCGCGGCAGGCGGCCCUCCGCAGACCGUGUAUUGCGGCUUCGACCCGACGGCGGACUCGCUGCACGCGGGGCACCUGCUACCGCUGCUGGGCCUCUUCCACUUCCAGCGUGCCGGCCACAACGCCAUCGCCCUGGUGGGCGGCGCCACGGCGCGUCUGGGGGACCCGAGCGGUCGCCAGCGCGAGCGCGAGGCCCUCGGCGCCGAGCGUGUGCGCGCCAAUGCGCAGGCGCUGAGCCGCAGCCUGCGCGCCCUGGCCGAGCGCCACGAGCGGCUCUUCGCCGACGGCCGCGCCUGGGGCCGCUUCACCGUGCUGGACAACGCGGCCUGGCACGAGCCGCGGCGCCUCGUGGACUUCCUGGCCGCGGAGGGCGGCCAUUUCCGCAUGGGCACGCUGCUGAGCCGGCAGAGCGUGCAGAGCCGCCUCCGGAGCCCCGAGGGCAUGAGCCUGGCCGAGUUCUGCUACCAGGUGCUACAAGCCUACGACUUCUGCCACCUGUUCCGCCACCACGGCUGCCGCGUGCAGCUGGGUGGCGCCGACCAGCUGGGGAACAUGGUGUCGGGGUACGAGUUCGUCCGCAGGGUGACGGGAGAAGACGUGUUUGGAAUCACAGUCCCACUGGUCACAAGCACUGCCGGCGCCAAGCUGGGAAAGUCAGUGGGCAAUGCAGUGUGGCUGAACAGAGAGAGAACUUCUCCUUUUGAACUCUAUCAGUUCUUUGUCAGACAGCAAGAUGAUUGUGUGGAAAGGUACCUGAAGCUCUUCACUUUCCUGCCUCUUCCAGAGAUCGAUCACAUCAUGCAGCUGCAUGCCAAAGAACCAGAAAAGCGAGGUGCUCAGAAACGACUGGCCGCAGAAGUGACAAAGCUGGUGCAUGGACAGGAAGGGCUGGAUUCUGCUAAGAGGUGCACGCAUGUCCUUUAUCAUAGCAGCAUCGACGCGCUGGAGGUCAUGUCGGAUGAAGAGCUAAAGGAGUUGUUUAAGGAAGCUUCCUUCUCUGAGUUAGUUCUCGACCCUGGAACAAGUGUCCUGGACACGUGUCGCAAAGCGAAGGCCAUUCCAGAUGGGCCCCGGGGGUAUCGGAUGAUAACAGAAGGUGGAGUCAGUAUCAAUCACAGACCAGUAACAAAUCCGGAGUGUAUUUUAGUUGUUGGACAACAUAUUCUCAAAAAUGGACUUUCUUUACUUAAAAUAGGAAAAAGAAAUUUCUACAUUAUAAAGUGGCUUCAGUUAUGAAAAAUUCUUCUUUGGUUGUUCAGACAUAGCCAUCAAUCCUUUUUUUCGGUGUGCCCAUCCUGGGGCUUGCUUGAACUAAGGGCCUGGGAGCUGUCCCUAAGCUUUUUUGUUGAAGUCUCAUGCCUUAGCACUUGGGCUACAGAUGUACUUCCCACUUCUUGGUGGUUAAUUGGAGAUAAAAGUCUCAUGGGUUUUCCUGCCUGGCCUGUCUUCAAAUCAUAAUCCUCAGAUCUCAGCCUCUGGAGUAGCAUUUGCCUUUUUUUUUUUUCUUUUCUUUUUUUUGGUGCUGAUCCUGCCACUUGGAUUCAGUUCCUUUGCACUGUCCCUCCCCAAGCUUUUGUGCUUACAACUAUCACUCUUCCACUUGAGCCACAACUCCAUUUCUGACUUUUUGGAAGUUCAUUACAGGGAAGAAUCUCAUGGACUUUGAACCGCAGUCCUCAGAUCUCAGCCUCCUACAGGUGUAUGAGCCAUCUGCACCCGACCUGGCUUCAUUCUUAUUAUAUGGGCAGUUUGCUUUAG